AUGAAUGGAAGAGCGAGACGCAUAUUGUCUUUGAUUUCAGUACGAAAUGCUAUUUCUGAUGUUAGUGAUGGAUCCAGUAGUGAUUAUGAAGUCAGAGAUGUCGAGAGAUCACCAGCACCGUCUCUGGAUUCAUCAUUUGAAAAGUUCGACAUUCUCGGCAGCGCCACUUCCUCGCCCAGUCCUUCGAAACAAGAGGUGGAAUCACGUGCAGAAGACCUUUCUAAUGUAGAUCCAGAGACUUUUCAAGUUUCCCUAACACCAAUCCUGAACGCCGUGUCAAAAUACAUGCAAUGCAUGCAGGGCACGGGCAUCAAAAUGCAGAUGCGUUGUCAACCGUGA